UUGGAUCGGAUCGUAACGGAUCGGAUCGGAUGGUAUCGUAUCGGAUUGGAUUUGGAUCUGAACGGAACGGAAUACGGUAUACGGAAUACGAAACGGUUGGGCUUGGAGGGGAUACGGGUUGUUUACGCGGAGUUUGCGAGGCGACAUCCGACAUCCGACGUGGUUCUCCAAUGUAAAAAUAACCAUUUUUUGCUCCAAUAUGUGUGCGCGAAACGGAUUUUGAAACAUUUUCGACAAAAAACCCCGAGCGAUACAGUAGUGUCAACCAGUGCAGUUGUCAGGGUCUUUGGAUUCACGGAUACACGGAUUCGAUACGGCGGUAUAUGAAAUUACCGAUCGAUUUUCGAACGAGACAACGAGUAAAACCAGAAGCAAUUGAGCAUGAAAGUGGUGUGCUUGGUUUUUGAAUUCCUGACGGUGGUUCAGCUGCUGGUCGAAGCUCAGAGUGGCUAUGUGCAGGAGGCGAAGCGGGAGAUUUGGGACGCCAUGGCUCACCAUAGCCGCCAUCAGCACCACCACGGAUCAUCGCAUUGGGUGGAUGGGCGGCGGGUGCACCGCAUGCGGCUGCCCCACCCACAGCGCUGGAGUGGGCGGCGGCGAUCGCUUCAUCACCACCACCAGCCCUUCAGCCGCUGGUCACAGUGGUCACCCUGCGACGAGGAGUGCGUCCGGCGGCGGGAGCGGUACUGCAAGGUGAAGCGCAAGUGCGGACACACCAAGCACGUGGAGCAGAGCAAGUGCAGCCAUUGUCAUCCUGCACCUGCGAUAAAGUGGCAGACGCCGGUAAUUCUGGAUGAUAGCCACAUCCGCGAGAGAAACCCACCGCUUCCGCAACCACAGCCACAACCACAACCACAACCUCCUCCGCCUCCGUCGAUAAUCAUCAAUGCGGCGGCUGCGGCGUCAAGUGGCCCCACCGUUGAUUAUCGCCACACGGAGUACAAGCCCCCACCGAACUAUGCUCCACUUUAUCCAUCAACACAUCCACCUAUUUAUGCUCCAACUUACCCGGCCGCCCAACCUCCAACCCACCCACCAACUUAUCCGCCAACUCAUCCACAAACUCCUCCAACAAAUCCCAAAGAAGUGGUCCGCCACCUGCCAAAAUAUCCGGGCCAAGAUAUAUUUAGCGACGAGGAUGUGGAGGAUGAACCUGAACCCGAAGCUGACGAAGACCUAAUAAGUUCCGAUGAGCAAGGUGACUUCUUUGUGCUCAAACAUCAUCGCCACCGAAGAAGGAAAAAUCAAGGAAGGCCCUCCCAUAGGAAACCUCCAAAGGAGGAGGACUAUGAUGACGAGGACUUUGUGGACUUUGGCGAGAGAAAGUCACUGAGACACAAACACUUGGGCGACGAUACCAGUGUGGAGGGUGAUGUUUUCCAGUACGAGGACUUCGAUAUGCCAGACACAAUGUACGAGGAUUCCGGGGAAUCGGAGGGGGAAUUCCGCAACAUCAGCUGGGUGCAACCAGCCAAGGAUGGAAUUGCUCUGAGGCGACGCAGGGUCUACUCCAAGUGGAGCAGGUGGACCAAAUGUUCACCAAAAUGUACGACAAGGAGAUACAAGAAAUGCCGCAUCAUCGAUCAGUGUGGCCGGGAAGUUCUCCGGGAGAUCGCCUACUGCUACACGGAGGGCAGCUUCUGCCAGCAGUGGCUGCAGACGCAGUUCCAGAAGACCCCAGCCUUCGAGACGAGACCGGGACCGGGGUCACCAGCCAAUGCGAUGCGAAGGAUGCAAUCGGAGCAGCCGGAAAGGUCCAUGAAUGACCUCAACUACAUAAUGACGGGAAAGGGUUACCGAGGACCGGAGUACACUCCCCUGAAACUGAGCUGCGGCAUUGUUCGCAGCGGAACGGGACGGAGGAGCAUGUCCAACAUGCUGAAGAUCAUCGGAGGACGGGCGGCGCGCAAGGGUGAGUGGCCGUGGCAGGUGGCCAUCCUGAAUCGCUUCAAGGAAGCCUUCUGUGGGGGCACCCUCAUUGCUCCUCGUUGGGUGCUCACCGCCGCUCAUUGUGUGCGGAAGGUUCUAUUUGUUCGCAUAGGUGAACACAAUCUCAACUAUGAAGAUGGCACGGAGAUACAGCUCAGGGUGAUGAAGAGCUACACGCAUCCCAACUUUGACAAGCGUACGGUGGAUAGCGAUGUGGCACUGCUAAGGUUACCCAAGGUGGUUAAUGCCACCACUUGGAUUGGAUACUCCUGUUUGCCGCAGCCCUUCCAGGCGCUGCCCAAAAACGUGGACUGCACCAUAAUUGGCUGGGGAAAGCGUCGCAAUCGGGAUGCCACGGGCACCAGUGUGCUCCACAAGGCCACCGUGCCCAUCAUACCGAUGCAGAAUUGCCGCAAGGUCUACUACGAUUACACUAUCACUAAGAACAUGUUCUGUGCCGGACAUCAGAAGGGGCACAUCGACACGUGUGCCGGAGACUCGGGAGGACCGCUCUUGUGUCGAGACACCACGAAGCCCAACCAUCCGUGGACCAUAUUUGGGAUCACCUCAUUCGGCGAUGGAUGCGCCCAGCGAAACAAGUUUGGCAUCUAUGCCAAGGUGCCAAACUACGUGGACUGGGUGUGGUCGGUGGUUAACUGCGAUGGCAACUGCAAGAUGCACUAGCAUCUGGCAUCCCGGUGGGUACUUAGUUGACAUGGACUUGGGUCCGUCAAGUUGCAGAGGCUGUGAAAAACUAAUUUACACUUUAAGUGUCCGAUCCGUGGGAGAAAUCUUCGCAUGAUCACCACAUCACAAUUAUUAUGUGCUCAUUUUUAACUAGAAGUUGCAAAGGAACAAAGUCGAUUGUAAUGUAGACAACCAAAUAUUUAUGUAAUUAAACUCUAAAUUAUCUACUAGAUGAAAGUGUCUCCCAUGAAAUCCCUUAAUAUAGUUACAAUUCUUACUUUCCUAAUGUACAUAACUGAACUCCUUAUGUUUGAUGCUAAAAAGAUACUAAUCAAAUGAUUAAUUUAUUUUUUAAGGUAAACAUAAGUACAGUAAUCGUAAGUCAAAACAGGAAUCUGAGAUUUAAGAUUGUAAUAUAAUAAAUAAAUCUGAAGACGAUA